AUGGAUCAUUUCAAUUACGACAAUUCAUCAUCCGUAAAUCAUCUCAAUCCUAUUGAAGGUAUACAAUUUGAUGGACGAGCCUAUGCACUCUUUGAUCCUAAUUUUAAAAUUCACGAUACAUUGACUGUAAAUUUUCAAAUACAAACAUUUGCUCAUGAUGGUUUAAUCUUAUGGAUUGGCGAUUCGUUACCUGAAUCAAGUUUUACGAUUGAAAUUCAGAAUCGUCAGCUUAUUGCUCGUGCCGUUGUUCGUGGUCAACCAUUUAGUGUACGUACAAAUUUUACCAAAAAUCGUCUUUGCGACGGUGUUUGGCAUUGCGUUCAAGUACGUCUUGACGGUAGUCUUCUCUCGAUGAAGGUUGACAAACGACAAUUUACUAAAACAGAACCACGUAUUAAUGCAGUCGACAUGCGCGGUCCAUUGUUUAUCGCUGGUUAUGCCGAGAAUUAUUCUCCACCGUAUUUAUCCGUUCGCACGAGAGAUUUCUUUCAUGGAAGUUUACGGAAUUUAAGAAUUAAUAAUAAACAUGUCGAUUGGCUCAUGCCGCAUGGCAGUGGUCUGGAAGCUGCUACACCAGAAUUUCAUCGAUACAGUUCCGAGACGACAUCAAAUGCUUUUCGGCCGUUUUCAAGUGCAGCAGCAGCAGCAGCAAAUCGUACCUAUGAGACGACGACAUUUUCAACGUCCGCUACAUACGACGGAAGAAAAGUUCAUUGA